AAACAUCCUAUUCCUCCAAAUUCCAAAAUCUUUUUAUAUUCAAAGAUCCGGUUAGCUUAUCAAGUAGAUUUUUUCACUGUAUUCUCAGCAGUCCUCAGCAGAUACACCCCACACAACCUUCUCUUUCCUCUCUGCACUCAUACCACACUCUACUUUGAUUCUCCAUUUUCUCUCAUUAAAAACACGCACAAGUGAACAAACACUCCCAACCAAGAACAGCUUCAGUACCGUACAUACAAACACAGCACCACAUACAAGGAAAAAAAGAAAAGAAAAUCAGAGUGAAAUUACAAUGUCAAACCUUAAAGCCGACGAUCCUUGUAUUCCGGCCAUACAAUCAAGAAUCCGUGUUGUGCCCAACUUCCCCAAACCAGGGGUCGAGGCUCGUGGUUUCAUUUUUGGUCCGCCAAUUGCAUUAGCAAUCGGAGCAAAGUUCGUUCCAUUGAGGAAACCAAAGAAACUUCCGGGUGAAGUUAUCAGACAAGAGUACGACUUGGAAUAUGGAAGUGAUUGUCUGGAGAUGCACGUUGGUGCAGUUGUUCCUGGAGAUCGUGCUUUGGUAGUCGAUGAUCUGAUUGCAACUGGAGGCACUCUUUCUGCAGCUAUUAACUUAUUGGGUACCGAAUUCUUGAUUAAAUGAAUACCUACAAAUAGUCCAUCCAUAUGAGUAUAUGGCAAGCCAGUUUAUGUACUUGUGGACUCCCAAUAGUAUUCUUGGAUGAGAAUAUCACUUAUUUUCAUUUUUAUAUCCUAUCUGUUUUUUUCUGAGUAAAUCUCAUUGCUCAGCUAUAUAUACUUUCAUUCUACAUGAGAAGUACAGUAAACCUAUAGUCCAGGGCUUGUUAACUAAGUACGAUUCUGAAGUUCACUAGGUCUAUUUUACAACUCUUCGGUUUUUAUAAACUUGAGACCUGUGUUGACUUGCUUCGUAGGAUAAUGAAG